UGCAGAGCCUCAGACCGCUCGGCUAAUCACGCGCGGCGAAGCAGACAAAGUUGAGGGAUUCUUCUAUCUAGGCAACAAAAUAACCCAUGACGGCCGGAGCAAGGAGGACGUAAAAAGGAAACUAGCACUGACAGAAAGAGUAUUCCGGUCCAAUAGAAGUCUACAAGUAUCAAACAUAGGUCUUAAACUGAGGAAGAAGUUUCUGAGACCUACGUUUGGGGCACAGCACUGUGUAACCGAGAGACAUGGGCGGUGGGAAAUCCGGAACAGAAGAGAAUCUAAGCCUUUGAGAUGUGGUGCUAGAGAAGAAUGUCGAAAAUUAGGUGGACUGAUAAGGUAAGGAAUGAGGAGGCUCUGCGCAGAAUCGGCGGGGAAAGAAAAAUAUGAAAGAAGGGACAGGAUGACAGUACAUCUGUUAUGACAUCAGACUUCCAUGAUAUUAAAGGGAACUGUAGAGGGUAAAACUGUAGAGGAAGAUAGAAAUUGGAAUAGACCCAGCGAGUAAUUGAGUAUGUAGGCUGCAGCUGCUACGCGAGGUGAAAAGUUUGGCGCGGAAGUUGGAUUCGUGGCGUGCUGCAGUAAACCAGUCAGAAUAAUGAUGACUCAAGAACUGUUAUUUAGGUGCAAAAUAUACGACAUGCAAAAACUACAAGCUGAAGAACCACAUACCGUACAUCUGGCGAGUUUUCGCUCGUUUACAGGCAGAAAAGACGUGGUACGCGCAGUACCAGUACAACAUCCCCGGCGCGUCGCUGCUCGGAUGCCUCACAGUGGAGACAGCAGCGACGAGAUGAACAUCAAUGGCACAUUCAGCAGCCUGCCUCUUCUUCCUUGGCAUGCUCUCGGCAAAUUCAACGGCAACCGCAUGGACAGCAAAGUGGACGGCAUAUGGGACCUUCCACUGAGCGGCCCGCAUAACAUCGUCUACACCGACGCCGAGAUCUUCAUAGAACACUUCUGCGUGGCGGGAGUCGGUAAGUUUCAGUUGCCAGCAGAAGUUGGACCACGAGCGCCUUGAAAAUGGCGAGUGAUGGC